CGGGGUGAGGGUGCACAGUCGGCUGGGCUGCAGGUAUGAGCAGGAGGGUGCAUCCCCAUCUACAUCCUUGGGUGAGCGAGGAUGUGGGUGCAGAGGGCGGGCCGUUAGUGCCACUGUUGUUCUGUCUUCUCGUGCGCAUGUCACGAUUGCCUUGCCACCCCUCCCCCUGCCUCCCGUCACACCCGGCCUGUUGUUUCACAACCAGAAAUCACCAUUCUGCGUCGGGUGCUUCUGGGGGGGCGGAGCUUUUUGCAUUUUUCUCUGGAUUUUUGCCGUCCGGGUACUUGGCAUUCCAGGGGAGGCAUUGGGUGGAUUAUCCUGACUACAGGUGAUUUCAAUGUCACGGAGCUAGGAGCACCCGACUUGCAGCCACUGCUCCGCGGCUUGUACCCGGACUGUCGGCAUUUGUUGUCUGCUGGCGUUUCUCUCGGGGCUAACAGCUUCAAGGGGUGUCCUCCUCCUGCAGCAGCUGGACGCCCCAUGACACAUGUGAGUCGGGCUCAAGACUGUCAGGGACUUGCUGGGAAAGUCGACCUUUAACUCCCCGGGGGGCAAAACGGAAGUGACGCAUGGCGUGGGUCGCCAGAGGAUGGCCACAUGGAGCGUUGCAAACGGUGUCUGUCAAGCGUUUUGGGAAAGACUACAUCAGUUUGGGCCAUGUGUAUUAUUAAAUUUUCACACAAGACAUAUUUUCUGCUUUGGAGCAUGUCAGAUAUUCUUCGCCAGCUUUUGCCGGACUGUAUAGCUGUCGGCCUGAUAGUCUGAACUUUUAUAUAACUACAGCAUUGGUAUCAAGCAGUGCUGGUAUAAAGCCAGAAGUUUUAUGAUUUUACCAUUCCUGGCAAUGACUGAUCUACUGUAAGCAGUAACGCAAAGUGAAUUACAGUUCAUAGCAUGGCAGUGUCUGAUCUACUGUAAGCAGUGACACAAAGUGAAUACAGUGCAUAUCCAUAGCAAGACGCAGGUGCCGACUUUGAACUUUAUCUUCCAGAACAACAACAGCAAGUUGUAGUCAUCUAAACAGGUGACAUUGAAAGAACCAGAAAGUCCAGUCCUGACCCCCAGGAUGGCUCCCCAUCAGCUGCCAAAUGGCUACUCUGCACCACUAGCCAUGGACAGUGCCUCUGGCAGUCCUGUGGUGGUUGAAGAGUCAAAGACAGUGCAGAUGAAGAAGCGGCUGGGAUUGAUGGGUGGAACUGCGUUAAUUGUGGGCACCAUGAUCGGGUCAGGCAUCUUCGUGUCUCCAAAGGGAGUGCUGGCAGGAUGUGGAUCCAUUGGACUCAGUCUGGUCAUUUGGGUUAGCUGCGGAGUCAUCUCCUUGUUUGGAGCCCUGACAUACGCAGAGCUAGGUACGCUCAUCACUAAGUCUGGAGCUGAGUACGUGUAUCUCCUGGAAGCAGGCCAAGUGCUACCAAACCAGUUUGCACCAAUCCCUGCAUUUCUAUUUGCCUGGGUCUCAAUCUUCAUCCUCAAGCCUGCCCUGUUUGGUGUCAUUGCUCUCAGCUUUGGCAUCUAUGCUGUGGAGCCUUUCUUUGGUGAUUGUGAGGUGCCGGACGUGCUCGUGAAGCUGGUUGCAAUCUUGUGCAUAUGUAUUGUGUCCUUUGUCAACUGCUACAGUGUGAAGCUGGCCAACAAGGUGCAGAUUGUCUUCACAGUGGCUAAGCUUCUGGCCAUCGGCGUGAUUGUGGUGGGUGGCUUUAUCAUGCUGGCACAAGGUAACAAUGAAUACCUCAUGGAGGGCUUUCAAGAUACAACACAUGACUUGUCGAGCAUUGCCCUUGCCUUCUAUGAUGGUCUGUGGGCAUAUGAUGGCUGGAACAACUUGAACUAUGCAACAGAGGAGCUGCAGAAUCCUUUUGUAAACUUACCCCGGGCCAUCAUGAUUGGUAUACCCCUGGUGACUGUAUGCUAUCUGCUGACUAACAUCUCGUACCUGACUGUCAUGUCCAAAGAAACCCUGCUGCAGUCUCCCGCUGUGGCAGCUACUUGGGGUUCUCGAGUUCUUGGCCCUGCUUCCCUGAUUAUCCCCCUGGCUGUGGCCCUCUCUACUUUUGGAGCAGCAAAUGGUUCCUGCUUUACAGGCUGCAGACUUGCUUAUGUAGCUGCUCGUGAACAUCACUUACCUGAGGUUCUGUCCUAUGUUCAAAUCAACAACUUCACUCCUCUGCCCAGUGUCAUAUUUUCUACAAUAGUGACUAUCCUCAUGAUUAUUCCUGGCAACAUCUUCAGUCUCAUUGACUUCUUUAGUUUCACUGCCUGGCUGUUCUAUGGUGCGACUAUGGCCUGUGUUCUCAUCCUGCGUCACACACGUCCACAUGAACCUCGCCCAUACAGGGUACCAACAGCUAUCCCAGUUGUGAUGUUGAUCAUCUCUGUGUACUUGGUGGUUGCCCCAAUUGCUCACAAUCCUCGCAUUGAGUUUCUGUAUGCAACACUUUUUGUUCUCAGUGGCAUGAUCUUCUACAUCCCAUUCAUUGCCUGCAAAGUUCGCCUCACCUUCCUUAAUCCACUGGUGACAGCAAUACAAUGUGCGCUGCAGGUUGCCCCUAGCGCCUACCUCCCACCUGAAUAAAAUGGUUCCCAUCUCUCAUGGUGGGUUGCACAUUACAGUGAUCGCAGGUACUGUGAAGAGAGAGAGAGAGAAGUUCUGCAGUCAAGAGCAGCAGAUGUUAUUACCUUGUCUGUCAUCUGCUUAUAUCAUCUUCAUCAUUUUUAUCUUUUGUAGAAGAGAAAGUUAGGGUUAUGUCAUCCUGCAUUGCAAGUGCUGCAGAAGUGAUGCUGGCUGAAGAGCUAGUGGCAUGUUUUGGUUCUGCCAGAAAGACUUGUGACGGGCUUUGGUGGAGGAUCAGGGGCUUUAUGCGGAGUACUAAGCUGUUCCAUUCAAGUAUAGGAAUGGUCUAAGUUUUUAGAAUAUCGUCUUGGUACUUUAUACUGUUUUACAUCAGCCUGUUUAAACCCAAUAAAAAAUAAUGAUAUAGCUUGUAGUCAUAUGCCAGGAUCUGUCCAGCCAGAUGAUGAAUACACCUUUCUUUUAUUAGGUAUUUGAAUAUUGUACUUAGCAAAGACAUUCUUGCUAUUAGAAUCUCCUACAGACAGGGCCUUUUUGAUCUAUCCUUCACACACAAGAUUUUAUUCUACAGAGAAACCUCUUUCAGACAGCUAUUUUUAAACCUUGGGAGUGUAAAUACCAUUAUCAUCAAACCUUGUUGAGAAAUGUGUUCAUGCCAGCUGAUUACAAGCAGGUGCUAAUGCAUAUGUAGCACCCACUAAUGCAGCACAAGAGAAAAAUCAUAUUGACAUCCAUUCCUGCAAUUUAUCUCUUUCCAUGCAAGUUGGCCAAAGAAUAAUAUGAUUUCAGCUUUAUCGUAUUGCUGUUUGCACAUGAAAGGUUGCAUCUGCAUGUUGUUAUGUGAGAGGUAACUGCUGAUAGGUUAGGGUUGCCAUGACACCUAUGAAACUGAUCAUUGCCUCAGUUUCAUACAAGUGGUCAAAAUUCACAACUCCUAUUGGCAGCAGAGAUUCUCUUAUUUUUCACAAGGUAUUUGCAAUAUUUGAUACAUCAUACCCUUUCCUGUUUGUUUACAUGCACACGCACACACGAGGAAUACAUGCACAGAUUAUUUUAUCGAGAACAGUCAGGGUCUUGCCUUACAAAGACCUGUUUCAAUAAGGCUAGACAGGGUUUGCUGUAUGUGGCAGCAAAUCACAGUAUUAACUAAGCAAGCAUGCAUUUAGGUGGCUUGGAUGUGUGUCUGCAUUUGCACAUCUGGGCUUUAAUAAAAGCUGCGAGAGGAGAAUGUGUGUGAAAAAGAAAGAGAUGAUGAAAGAGAAUUAAAAUUAAUUUAUUUGUUAGUAAAUUGCGUGACCUAAAUAAAUUUUUUUAUUAUUGUCACAGAAAUUUGUUGCUACAAUUUAAACUAUCAGGUGAUUAUAGGGUUAUGCAGGUGUUGUAAAUGUAUAACAAUAGGUUUUCAUAAAUGUUGUGGAUAUUUUUGGAUAUGGUAACAGUAUUUUUGAAAAUAGCAACAUUUUUUUGUAAAUCUAUUGUACAGUUGUCUGCUCACUACGUACAUUAUUCUGAAUGGAUUUUGUACAUAAAAUGUCCCAUAUGUACAGUUGGUAACAAAUGAGUGCCAUCUGUUUCAUUCUUGUACACAGUAACUGUAUAAUGACUGGGUGACAAAAACAAAAGGAAUAGCUUUCAUGAGAAUAAAGCUGAGUCUUUGUUGUUAUUCAUAAGGAUGUUUGCAAAACACAGAAUCUCAUCAUGUGGCCAGGCUGUCCUUCAGAGACUGGUUACCUGGGUAUUAUCUGCAGGAAGGAGCAAACUAAAACAACACCCCAGUGUCACAUGAUUACUAUGAGUCAAGGUCACAGAUGUUACAGAAAAAACGUUCAUAACUUGCUGGGUACUGUCCCUGUCAUUGGCCUUCAUGUCAUCUUGUUUUCCCACAGAAAUUUCUCAACAGUUUGUAUAUAUAGACAUAUGAAGUUACCUGUUAUUAUUCGAUGUAAAAUAACAGGCAUUAAAAUAUUGUUAAUGUAAUUUUUGCUACUGGCUGUUGAACUCCUGCAGAUUACACCCAGCUGUGAUAACGUGCAGGUACCGGUGCUUAAUAAUGCAGAAGUGGUGUUAGGGAGAGCUUGAGGCUAGCUUGUUGAACAGCUUUGUACUUACUGUUUAAGUAAUUAUUUAUAUAGCAUGUGUGUGUUGAGAGCAAUAUAUAUUUCUGUCAACUACAUUUUCUGAAGUUACCUACCAGAUGGUUGUGUGGAAAUUUGGGAGGAAAAAGUCUUGAUAUAUUUUCUUGGAGGAUUGCAUUGAUCUUACGUGCAGUUUUCAAGCACAGACAUGCAAAAUAUAGGAUCUAGUCUUUGUCUGAUGCUUGUUAAGAUUCAUUUUGUUUUGAGAAUUGCAGCAUUUCUGCCAUCUAAUCCUUUCUAACAGUAAACUAUGCAGAGUUUGGAAAAGGUUUGGGGAAACCAGUUAUGUGCCACUGUGCUUUCACCGCUAAUGUUUGAUUUUGUAAAGUGUUUAGCAGUCCACAACUUUGUAUAAGUCAGUCAUUUUUGUGAUAUUUUCCAUUGAGAGUGUGGCAUAUUCUGUUGCUUCUUUUCAGUUACUGACAUUGACAGAAGCUGGCAGAAAUGCAGUGUAACUAUUUUUAUUCAAAAGCCAUUUGAGGGUUUAAAACAGCCGCUAGACCCAAACAGCCUUAGAUUUAGACACUAGUGCUGUAGCACAGAGUUUAUUUUCUUAUGUAUAGCUGGUAGGAAUACACACAUGCAGUUAAAAAAGGGAGGAAAAAUUACAAUGUUUGUAUAUAUAUAUACACAUGAUGAACAGCAGGUAGAGAGAAGUGAGUACAUUAAAAGAGAUGUCUGUUACAAUCAUUUGGGUUGACUGCAGAUAAUUAUGUGUGUAGAUGUUAUGGUUCUGGAGGCAACAGUCUUGGAAGUAAAUCUAUUUCCACUUGAUAGCAAAUAAAGCUGUACAUGGAGAAAAAAGAAAAAGCAGUCCUAUUACUAAUAGAUUUCUGCAACCUGAAAUAUUUGCACUGACUCUACUAUUCUUUGGUUAUCAGCUGCUUAAGAAUGUGAAACUAAAUCGAUUUUAUUUGUGCUUAUUUAUUUUGUGGCUUAUAUGUGGAGGGUGCAUUAAUGGUUUUGAUGUGUGCUUAUUUACACUUACAAGUAUGGAAAUGUGUGCCAAUGAGUUUGAUGAGAAGGAAUUUCUCACUGUGUGGUUUUGUUUUCUUCUUGUUCUUGUAUUAUUGAUCGUAGCAUGGAGACAUGCAAAAUAUUGACAAUAAGAAAACAGUACUAUUAUAGUAUCAGCUGAUGUGGAUUAAAGCUGUUUCCUGUGUUUGAAAGUUGAGGCUACUGAAUGCAUUGACAAAGACGUAAUAUGGACAAAUCCACGCAGUUCAGCUGUAACUACGAUGUUCACAUCUGUGGGUGCAAACUGCAUAGCAAGAGUUUGAAGUGUAGUGUUUUAUGAUUAGGAUUGCUGGUAGUACAAGGCUUUCUGUUUGUGGCUGUGCAUGUUUCCACCCCUGCUGUGAAGUGCUGUGGCCUGUUCUGUCUUUACCCCAAGAUGUAACGUCUCAUUGCUCAUGUUCAACUCCAAACCACUGUAUAUAAUAGAUCAACAUGGUCUAGUGGAAGCUAAGUGUUAAUAUUCACUUGUUUUAUGGUAAUAGGAUAUGGACAGUGUUGUUUUCUUUAGAAAUGCACCAUUAUUUAUGAAACUUUAUAUUUCUUUUCACAUUAUUUUGAAACCUUUUUUUGGAAAUUGCAAGACUCAACAUGCAUUCCAAAUAAAAGAAUUUUUAUUUUUGUCUGAAUAGCAAGUGUACUUUUCAUUGGAACCCUUUAUUGACAGCCUAGUUCUUAAUGAAAACUGCACAGCAGUAAUUAGUAAAAUGUUUCAUCUUGCUAUCACUGUCACUAAUGUGUUGUAUACGCCCCACCACCGCCACCCAACAGCCUGCUUCACCUCUUCCCUAUGAUGUCCAUAAAACUGGCCAAACCUGUACCCAAGUGUAGGUGCUCAUCUGCUUCAUUGCUUGUAUUUAGCCACUACAACAGCAACACCACUCUCACAGAUUCUAUGCUCAAGUAUGUAUUGAAAAGCUUUCACCAGGAACUGUUUCACAGCCCACUAAACAUUUAAGGGAACUUGGCCAGCAAUGAAGGAAGAGUUGCAUCUUUAGAUUGCUGUCUUCACUCUUUCCAUCCUAUGGUUCCUUUCAGAUGUAAAGAUCAUUACAAAUGAUGUAUCCCAAAUACAGCAGCUUUUAGAUGCAUGAUUGCAAAGCCUGUCAUUGAAUAAACUAUAAAAAUGGUGAA